ACCUAUUGUCUCCAGCAGGUGGCAAUGUACGCUUUAAAGUCCUCGUGUGCCCUCCCACCAAUAAACACAGAAGAAGAUGGCGGCAGAUGUGUCUUCAAACAAUCAUGCUCAGCAGAAGUUGGGAUUUACACUGGACGUCCCAUUCCCAUCUGAAUGCGAGGCUGCAAUAGCGCUGAAUUCUCUAUCACCAGACCCUGAGCCAAGAAAAGGCGGAAUCACGAAAGAACUCAAGGCAGUGGGCAACGUGUUAUCAGUGCAAUGGACAGCAGACGAAGCUCGCAUUCUGCGCGUCUCAGUCGGAUCUUUUCUGGAUCACCUGGCUCUUGUAUUGGAAACAAUGGAGGCGUUUGGACCCCCCGUGCGCCAGUAAAUUUGACCCACUGUCCUAAAGGCGGAGGACUUCCAGAAGACGUUAGGACUGCUGGGCUGAGACUGUCAUUUCACACAGACAACCCAAAUUAAGAGUAUUGCUGUUGAGUGAUAUAUUCCUUCAUAAUAGGCUUAUUUGGACUUUAUUGCAUAAAAUUGUGUAUAUAUUUAUAAAUAUAUGGGCUAUUUUUUUGGUCAUUACGUUGCAGAAAUGUGUAAAUUGCUAUUAAUAAACGGUUUUCGUUAACAUU